AUGCCGCUAGUGCCGCAGGACGUAAGAGGAGUGAGUACCCGUUCAAUGUCAGAAGCGCAGCGUGUGAGGGAAGAGGGUGCUGCAGCUCAAACCAGCGAUGCAGAAGCCAAGCCUGUGCAGGUGGAUCUUCUGCUACAGCUGCAGCAAAUGAUGGCAGAGCAAGCGCGCCGCCAAGAAGAGCAAGCGCGCCGCCAAGAAGAGCAAGCGCGCUGUCAGGCAGAACAGCUGCGGGAGCUGAAAGAAGAGCAAGCGCGCCGCCAAGAAGAGCAAGCGCGCCGCCAAGAGGAGCAAGCACGCUGUCAGGCAGAACAGCUACGGGAGCAAGCACACUGUCAGGCGGAGCAGCUACGGGAGCUGAAAGAGAUGCAUAAGGAUUUCACGAAGGGACUGCAAAAGGCUGUCGAACGGGUACAGGAAGUGGAGGAAGGGUUAGGCAAGUUGGAACAUCGCGUCAUGGCCAUAGAGGAGAGAGUGGAAGAAGAGAUCUCCAAAAUCAAGCAGGAAAUGACAAGCCCAAGCCCUUUGAAGAGCCGAAGCCGUCUUGCAGCCGUUUUUGACGCCCCAAAUGCGGCCUCAAGCGCAACGAAAGGGCUCAAGAUUCCCCAUUACGACGGAACAACAUCCUGGACCGCGUUCAAGCUACAGUUCGAGACACUUAUGGAGGCUUAUGGUUGGACUCAGAAGGAAGCACAAUCAGCCCUCACCCUGGCCCUCCGUGAUCAAGCGCUCUCAGUGCUGGAAGCUAUCGGCGCAAGUGGGGAUCUCAGCUUUAGUGCCCUCCUCGACGCACUGGAGGCACGUUUUGGAGACAGCCACCUCGAGCACGUGUACAGAGCGCAAUUAAAAGAGCGUACUCAGCGUGCUAAUGAGAGCCUACAGCAAUGGUCCGUGGAAAUCGAGAAACUUGUGCGUCGAGCUUUCCGGUCGACUCCGUCAAUGAUUGAAGGCACGCUUCUCCAAGCAUUCAUUGACGGUAUUCGGGACCCCGAAGUACGAGCUGCUGUUCAUCUGGGCCAUCACAAGAACAUGAAAGAAGCUCUGGCCCAUGCAUUGGAAGUGGAAGCCGUGCGUGGCAACCCCCGUACCUUAGGUCUGCGGGAAAUGACGACAACGGAGCAGGUACCUCCACGCCGUCGGAACUUCAUGUGCUAUGGAUGCGGAGAGCGUGGGCACAUACGGAGCGACUGCCCGAAGAAGAUGAACCGCCAGGACGCGGCGGUCUCAACUUCUGACCAGCAGGGAAACUUAAAUCCAGCCAAGGCUGCGGGGUGGGCGCUGGCUGGAAGUGGAACAACCCCAACAAUCUACAUCAAGCAAACCAACGAUGGAAAUACACUGGUGAUAGACGGUCAAUUACCGAUGAACACACAGCCACCAAACUACCAAACCAACCAAACCAAUCAAACCAACCAAAAAAAGUCUAAACGGAUCCGCAGUGCAUUCACAACUGACCAAAUAAAUUACUUAGAAGCAGAAUACAAUAAAUUCCCGUAUCUUUUAAGUGAUAAGCGUAGAGAAAUAUCCACUGUGUUAAAUAUCGCCGAAAAAUGCAUCAAGGUUUGGUUUCAAAAUCGUCGCAUGAGGGAAAAAAGAGAAUUCCAAGAAUUACAUAGCAGUAUGCUAGCUAGUGGAAAUGAUGAUUCAUCAGUUAAUGAACAACAGCAUUCAUUGCCAAUGAUUGAAGAUGAUUCUAAUAAACAAAUUGAUCAAGUUAAUGAACCUGCACCUGCAAUGACGACAUCAGUUGCUCAAAACGCAGUACCUGCUACUAAAAUAAUCCAUCCUCCUUCCAUAUUCAUAAGCACUGAUCAAUUAUCAUCGGAACCAAAAGCAUCUGCUGAACUAUCAAUUGAGCUAUGCAAAAAAUACAAAGAGUUCUUUUCAAAAAAAAAUUGCAAUGAACAGCAGAGUGAAAAAGAGUCGGAUGAAAUAAAGAAAAGUCAGGAGUUGGAGAUUUUGAGUACCGCAGAACAAAUGGAAACAGAUCAGUUAGUACAAGACAGGAACAUUAAUGAAUCUGUGGCACAUAAUAGUAAAAAAAAUGAACUUGUCGCAUACACUAGUGAAAUGAGUGAAACUAUGGGAUCAAACAAAAGCUUGAAUGAACAUGUGGCACACACAAGUAGAAUGAACGAACCCGUCGCACAUACAAGUCAAAUGAACGAAUCCGUGGCACACACAAGUCAAAUAUGUGAACUUGUGGCACAUUCAAGUAGAACUAAUGAACCUGUAGCACAUUUAAGUAAAACUAAUGGACCUGUAGCUCAUACUAGUAAAAUGAGUGCACCGGUAGCUCAUACUAGUAAAAUGAGUGAACCGGUAGCUCAUACUAGUAAAAUGAGUGAACCGGUAGCUCAUACUAGUAAAAUGAGUGAACCGGUAGCUCAUUCUAGUAAAAUGAGUGAACCGGUAGCUCAUACUAGUAAAAUGAGUGAACCGGUAGCUCAUACUAGUAAAAUGAGUGAACCGGUAGCUCAUGCUAGUAAAAUGAGUGAACCGGUAGCUCAUACUAGUAAAAUGAGUGAACCGGUAGCCCAUACUAGUAAAAUGACCGAACCAAUGGGACCAAACAGAAGCUUAAAUGAAUCUGUGGCACACAUAAGUAAAAUGAACAAGCCUGUGGCACAUACAAUUCAAAUGUAUGAACCUGUAGCACAUUCAAGUAAAACUAAUGGACCUCUAGCUCAUACUAGUAAAAUGAGUUUACCAAUGGGACCAAACAGGAGCUUAAAUGACCAUGCUGCACACACUAGUAAUAUGAACAAGCCAGUCGCACAUACAAGUCAAAUGUAUGAACCUGUAGCUCAUACUAGUAAAAUGAGUGAACCAAUAGGACCAAACAGGCGUUUAAAUGAACCUGUGGCACACACAAGUAAAAUUAACGCACCUGUGGCACAAACAAGUCAAAUGUAUGAACCUGUGGCACACAAUAGUAAGACGAAUAUGCCUGUGGCACAUACAAGUCAAAUGUAUAAACCUGUCGCACAUAGUAGUAAAAUGAACGAGCCUGUGGCACAUACAAGUCAAAUGUAUAAACCUGUGGCACAUAGUAGUAAAAUGAACGAGCCUGUGGCACAUACAAGUCAAAUGUAUAAACCUGUGGCACAUACUAGUAAAAUGAACGAACCUGUAGCACAAACUACUAAAAUGAAUAGACCUAUGGCACAAACCAGUAGAAUGAAUGUUCCUAUGUCGGCUCCUCAGGCUGCAUCUAACAACCCUGGAUUUAUGUCAUCAGUGCCCAUGGUUCCACCGUUUUAUCCGCAGGCCUUUGUCCCUUCCGUUUGGAAUCCAAUGGGAAUGAUGCCUUUUAUACCGCCUGGUGUUCCGAUACCUAUACCUCAAUCUUUAGUACAACACAUGUGUUUACCUCCAGAACUGUGUAAGUGUGAAUGUCAUGAAAAACAAAAAGGGGUGCCACAAGAUCCUCAUGCGUUGCCACAGCAAAAUGCGAGACCUGUAUUUGUUUUUCCCGUUACUUUUCAGAAACCCUGA